AUGGCCCAGCGACGCGCCGAGCGUCGCUGGCGCGCGAAUGUCUUCGUGACCGAGCUGCCCAUUGGGCGUCCCAUUGGCUACCUGACGCUUCCUUCGAGAUCGCCCCAUCAAUGGCGAGGCGAACUGGGCGGCCCGGCACUCUCCAACGUCCUGCAGGGCCGCGUGUCCAGCGACAUCCGCGACGCCGGCUCCGCCGCCGCGCCCGCAAGCCCGGAGCUCGCGGAACUUAUGGGCCACGUGGCGGCUGGCAUCGGCGCCGCCGAGACAGUGCUCUUGCUCGAGGACCUGGAGCUCAUCAACGACCUCCGGCAGGCCCUCUCGGACGCUUUGGUGGAAGUGGAUCCGUCCAAGGACGAAGGCGGCGCGGCGGCCGCGGACGGCUGCCUGGCCGAGCGCACGCCCGGGCUCCUGCCUGCCGUGGCCGGCGCCGGCGGCCCGCGCCUGGCGGUGGGCGCCUGCGAUGCGGACGCGUUGGCUGCAGUCGCGAGUGCGCUCGGGACGCUCUGCGCGACCCUGCCGCCGCCACGCUGGGGCCGCUGGCCUGGGCGGGCCCCGAAGCCAGGAGAGACGGAGACCGUGCGGCUCGGCGGCGCCCCUGGCGAAGGCCCCGCGUGGCUCGGGCCCCUGCGGGAGGUGGAGCACCCCGCGCCUCAGGAGCAGCAGCGCCCUUGCCCGCCCGACGGGCCGCCGCCGGCGAAGCGUUCGAGGGGUCUUGCGACCACUCGCAGCGAGGCGGCGCGCCCGCGGCCGCCCGGCGGCGGCCCGCCGCCGAAGCGGAUGAGGCCGCCGCCGAGCGGCCGGGAGAGCAUUGCUCCCUCGGCGCCCGCCGGCGGCGCGGAGCUGCGCGCCGAGGCCCCCGCGGAGGGCGAGGCGGCCGAGGCGGCCGAGGACGGGCUGGCCAUCGCGAACGGUGACGAGGAGGAGGCAGGCGGGCAGGCGCAGCUGGGCACGGAGGCGUCGCCCGGCGAGGCGCGGGUCGUGCCGCCCCCUCGCGGCCGCGGGCAGCGGGCCGCAGAGGGCUUCCACGCCCCGACGGCCAAGGCCAGGGCGCGGAAAGUCCUGGUGCCGACGGCCAAGGGGCAGCCACGGCCGCGCGGGACCAUCGAGAAGUUCCUGUAG